CUCGACUAAACCGCCUUCCUCUUGAACUGACAACCCCCACCACCUGUGUGAUUCAAAUAGCAACAGCGGGCUUACCUACGAUACAGCUCAUCCGGGUGGGCAAUUUGGCCACGGACCCGCCGUUAAUCGCUACAAGAGAUCGUCCCCAACGCCAGAUUCCCCUGACCCCAAGUCCGCUUGCUUGGACCGAUAUCCAUCAUCUCCUCCAAACUCCGCGGCUCACGCGUCAAAGCCGUCGGACUAGCCUCACAAUUAUUCGGACGUUACAUGGCAUGGUCUGCGCCAACUGAAUUUAGUCGAAAUCGAACGGACGAUGUCUGCGUCAAGCCAGAUCCCCGGCUCCAGGUUCGGCACCGGAAACAAUAGCCGGCCGUCGAGCAAGGAUGGACCGAAGAAGAAUAUCUGGUCUUCUAUGCUGGAUAGUGUCGCGAAUGGAAAGCGUCUGCCUGAGAAGAAUUUGCUUAUCCUAGGAGGCACGCCUGAGAGUCAAAGAGAAUUCCUGGACACACUCGCCGCCGAUUCUUCCGAUCCUAGUCUGUCAAACGAUAAGCGAAAGGGGAGGGUACCGCCGGUAGCCAACCAGUUCGCUUUGGGGUAUACAUAUCAGGAUGUGCUGGAUGCGGACCACGAAGAUACUCUUGCGCGCGUCUCUGCAUACCUACUCUCUGAACCUUCUCUAUCUUUCGCUCCCCUCCUCAAGCCGCUCCUGACCCCUCAAUCGAUUCCGGAAACACUCGUCGUGAUCCUACUGGAUUGGUCGGACCCAUGGACAUGGAUUCGGCGACUCCGGGAAUGGGUCCGUCUUCUCCGACACGUGCUGAUAUCGCUCGAUGACGAGACGAAGAUCGUCAUGGAAGAGAAUCUCACAGAGUGGAGGGACCGGAAACGAGGCACGGAUCCGAGUUCAGGAGGGGCACAAGGAUUUACCAGCUCCGGAGGCCCUGUGACGAUACCGCUGGGGCCAGGCGAGUGGGAUGAGGGGCUUGGAAUCCCCAUGUGUGUGGUCUGCCAAGGGGCGGACAAAAUUGAAAAGCUGGAGAAGGACCACGGAUGGCACGAAGAGCAAUUCGACUUUAUCCUUCAGUUCAUGAGAACACUACUACUCAAGCACGGCGCGUCGUUGAUCUACACCACACCGUUCCUCGCAAACUCCCUGCAGAGCCUAAUACAGUCCUCCCUCGGCAUACACUCUCUCUUAAAAAGACAGUCCCUCAAACACAACGUGAUCGACCGGGACAAGAUCCUGGUUCCCUCGAAUUGGGAUUCUUGGGGCAAGAUCCGAAUCAUCCGUGAAGGCUUUGACAUGGAAGGCAUAUCAACAGCAUGGUCGAUCGAGAUUCAGGAUCCCCCGGAGCCUCUCACGAACGGCGUGGACGAUCGCAACUCCGACGAACAAACCGCAAACGCAGUGGACGACGGAACCAGCGCCGUAGCGAUCUUCGAGCAAACCAUCCAGGACCCGAAGCGCGACACAUCAAUGGCUCUAACAGGCAGCCAACGGAACGGAAACAAGAUCGAAGUGGACACAUCCGAUAUGCAGAGCUUCCUCACGAAGCAGCUCGAGGUCCUAGAGCAACUGAAGGCGGAGGACGAGAAAGACCGCUCCGUGAAGAAGGUGCCCCAGCUCGAGAUGUCCCCAUUAGACGACAACGGGCGAGUCAAUGAACAUAUCGGUCCCGUACAAUUCAACAUGGGAGGAAUCCAAGUCGACGCAGACGACAUGCUCCGCAAGCUAAAGGAACGCGAAGCCAGCCGCUCCCAAAGAAAAGAAACCCUCUCAUCAUCCGCCGGCGACGAAAAAGCCCACAACCAAGCAUUGGCGAACUUCUUCGCCGGCCUGGUCAAGAAACCCGGGGCAAGUCCCCGCGGCAGCCCAUCAGCGUAAAAAGAUAAAUCAGAUACACCGGCGAUGGGUAGUAGAUGCUGUUUCUUCUUUUUCUUUUUUCUUUUCCAUCCUGU